GGAUGCUGCAGCGUUACAUUCUACAGGGUGAGUAUAAAUGGAGAUUAGGACACAGUAACUAUGAGCGUUAACCUGAUAAGAUGACUGUGGUAAUUUUACAGAUAAAGUACUAAACAUUAACCCAUUCAAAAAUUAUUAUAUGAAUAUGGAAAUCAAUCCUAACGUCUCAGUUGCUCAUACUAAAGAAUAUUAUCAGUUCACAAGAGAAUGUUUCCCUCUGCGUAAUUCCCAGCCUCUUAUUUUCCCUGUGUAACUUUAUUGUCGGCCACCUCCCUUUCCCCUCUCUCUCUCUCUUCUUCCCAGACUUUUUUUUUUCCUUUUUCUUUUUUUCAUGUAGGCUAAUACACAGGCCGGCGCAGCAAUUUCGGAAUCUGCCCUUGUAUAUGGCGGACGAAAAUUUCCACAGGAGGAACCGCAACACCAGCCCCGGAAGCAGUUGUGCAGUCACCUCUGUUCGGGGAGGGACGGUUUCUGGAGCGGGAGCCCGGUUCGCGCGAGCUGCAUCGUUCUUGGAGAAGUACAGGCUCACGGGAGGCGGAGUCAUGAGUGCACAAGAGGCACCCAAUCCUGGGAAGGAGCAAGCAGACGGUGGGAGUUCAGCCACAGAUGGCCCCUCACCAGCCCUACCCUCAACGACCAAGAACACUAGUCCACCACCUGUCACAGUGAAGAAGGAGCCUGGGACCUCAGAGACGAGCAAUGGGAAACUGGGCGAUGCCAACCCUGCUGAGAUCUGUGUUGUCAUUGGAGGAAACGAUGGAGCAAGUGCAGGUGGAUCUCGUAGAGCUCAGGCCGAGAACAUGUUUGCCCUUGGUACCCCUCCUCCAACGAAGAGCACAGACUCAUGCAUAGGUUCCUAUGUAUGUGGAGUGUGUGGGAAGAAGUACAAGUAUUACAACUGCUUUCAGACACAUGUCAGGGCACACAGAGAAUCAGAAAGCAUGGUUGGAGAUGGCCUACCCCAGACACCUAAUAGUAGCUUCCGUUACUCCUGUGACAUCUGUGGCAAGAAGUAUAAAUACUACAGCUGCUUCCAGGAGCAUCGUGACCUGCAUGCAGUCGAUGAUCCUUAUGAACAGGUAGUGUUACCUGUGGAUGGCCUUAAAGAAGAGGAACCAGUUGAACCCUAUCAGAAAAUUGGCCCAAGGGAAAAAGCACUCGCCCACCUCCGCAGAGACCGCGGGUUCAGCCGACGGCAGCGGGUGUCCCUUCAAACACAAUUGGCAGUGUUCGCAGAAACUGGGAGCUACGUUUGUGAAUUCUGUGGGAAGCAGUACAAGUAUUUUAACCCAUACCAGGAGCACGUCGCUCUCCACACGCCAAUGGGUUCCUUUGAUAUGAAGACAUCACGGGUACAAGAAUGUGGCAGCAUGGAAUUGAGUAAAUUUGGCCACAGUCAGACUGGUAAAAUAAAAAACAGUCCAUUCAGGCGGAAACUGGAGAGCGCAAGUCUGCUUGAUACAAACAGUUCGCAGAAUUCAAGCGGAACUCCAAGCCCUCUGGUGGCGAGUACCUUCACUACAACACAGAAACCCUACACUUGUGGUGCCUGUGGCAUCCAGUUCCAGUUCUACAACAACCUGCUGGAGCACAUGCAGUCCCAUGCUGCGGACAAUGAGAACCAUACCAAAGGGGACUCUCCCAAAACCUCCUCUGCCUCGGGUCCUCAGGAGCAGCUGUGGAGAGGUUCUCAGGCUCAGUCCCAUUCCUCAGUUAAAGUACAAAUCCAGCCUCAAAGUAUCUCCCAGAGAAACCACACUCUCAGUCAGAACAAUGGACUACCUGAGAAAGAGCGACAGCAGGUGGCCGAGCGCCUCUUACGGGUGAUGUGUUCAGAUCUGAGCAUGCUAAAUGUGCUUAACAGCAAAGACUUCCUGAAGUUGGCACAAACCUUCGUGGACACGGGUGCUCGUCACGGCGCCUACUCCACCCGUGACGCUCUUGGCAACAUGAGUACCUUGGCUCUGCGCCAGCUGCCCCGCAUGUACAACCAAGUAAAGGUCAAGGUCACAUGUGCCCUUGGAUCCAAUGCUUCACUUGGCAUCGCUGUCACCUGCCACGCCCAGACAUCUGGCCCAGAUGCCUGCUAUGUUCUGACAGCCUACCAGGUGGAGGGGUCGAGACUCAAGCGGUAUGUGCUCGGUGUGAGGGAGGCAGAGCUAAGGGAAGGUCCUGAGCAGGUACAUCACUGGGUGCAGAACGUACUGUCUGAGUUUGUGAUGUCGGACAUUCGCACUGUGUAUGUCUCAGAGCCCAGAGUGUGGGCGGCGGGAUUUACGGGAUCACCACUGGGGAGCGGUGGCAGGGGGAGGAUAUGCUUGCGAUGCACCGGGUGUUCCCUCGGUGCGGUCGUCCAGGCCGUCCUGGGGAAGCGCAGCCUCCAGGCCCGAGGUCUCCAUGAGCUGGCGGAGCUUCUCUCAACGUGCCGAGACAUUGCCUCCUCCACAACACUGGCACUUCGUGAGGAACAGAGCACCAAUACAUCCACAAGCACAACUGAGGAAGGUACUCAGGGUAGCCAGUGCCCCACGCCUCCUUGUUGGGAUCGCAUGGCUGAAGCUCUUCUGCAGGUCCAUGCCCACUUUGAACAGAUUUGUGAGGCUUAUGGACGCAGUAAGUCCACGGCUCCGCUCCUCCAAGGCCUCAACAAGCAUCUGCUCGGCACGCUGGCUUGCCUGCUGGCUCCUCUGCGCCUGGCAGCUUUGGAGCUGAGCAGCCAGAGAAGACCAACCCUGCAGCAGGUGCUGCCUGUCUACCUACGCUUGGAGAAGUUUUUUACAUCCAAAGCUGGAGAGGCUGGAACUGGCACAGCGAGCAAACUCUGCCACUAUUUCUUAGAAGCACUUAAGGAGAACUUCAAGGUGGAACGAGCUCACCAGGUUGCCAUGGUCCUGGACCCACAGCUCAAAUUGCGUUCGGUGCCAGCUUACCAGCAUGAAGACAUCAUUUCACGUGCCUGUGAAAUGGCUGCUGAAAACAGAGACGGCAUGACCGGCGGCGGAGGCACAGGCGGUGACGAGCGGGACGCCGAUGGCCCACCAACCCCUAAAAUAAGCCGUAAAGAGGGAUGCGGGAACAACGGCGGCACCUCAAGGGGGGGGACCUCCUCAUCUUGCACAGUUUCUGGUACUGACGAGAGCCAAAGCCAAGUUAGACAAGAGAUUUUCCAGUACCUGGCGGAGCCUCUCCUUCAAGGCACCCCUGAUCUCUUCCACUACUGGAGCUCGGCUGUGGGGGAGAAGUUCCCCAGGCUUGCUCGCCUGGCGCUGUGGCUCCUCGCUGUGCCCGCUGUGGGCAUACGCAGCGAGUGUGUAACUGUGUGCGAGCAGAGCCUUGCUAUGAAGCGGCGGCAGCAAGUAACCACUGAAGAGAUGAACAAACUCAUUUUCCUUCGUUCUAACUUAGGCUAGAAGAGAAACCCAAACAACCCUAACCAACCAAACCUUCACCUCCAACCAAUGACUUAAGACUAUUAUUUAUAUGCUGUAGGUUUAGACCAACUGUAAACUUCAAUGUGUAUGGACGUAAAAUGAGAAGCUAUCUACAGGAAAACUCAUUGUAUAGGCUGCACACACCCAUAAAACAAAAUGGCUUGUUAAAUAUUUGAUAUGGAGAAAGGACUGUUGUCAAGUACUGUGGACAAAGGUUAGGGGUGGAACGUUACCUCCCAAAAGACGAUUUCGCUGUCCUCAGUUUGGGAUGCACGGGUUGGCGUUUGGUACACUCACGGCCGGUGAUUUACACUAAACCGCCACAAAAGGCUAUAAUGCUGUUGUUCUUACUGGAUGGCAACAUUUUCAGGUAAAAUCAGUUUUCACUGCUUGAAACUACCGUCACAGACCUCUGAAAACACUCCUCCUCGACUCGUAGUCCAGCAGGGAGAUCGCAGUAAAUACCGUAGUACACACACCAUGUAGUAGAGUUACUGUAAUAUAUUCACUGGUGUGUGUACUGCCAUUACACCUCUCAGCGUUGUGCUAGGUUUAUGAGUUACACACAUUUCUACUGUGUAUUUUUUACCCUUAGAUGAAAGAGGCUAAUAACAAAGCUAAAUCAAUGCCGCUAAUUCGACCUCUGCUUCAGUGGCUUAUUUGCAUGCAAUGCACUGAACUGCAUGCAUUUUUCAUCCACCAGAGUAUACAGAUAGCUGAUUAAACAUUAAUCCCUAUAUGAUGCCUUCCUCCUGGUUUACCGUCUCAAGAUGUAAAGCAAAUUCUAGCGAGUUUUCAUUUUAAAAAUGAACUCUUACGCUGCUUCAGGCGCAAGUCAAACUGCUAGACUUGCACAAAAGGCCAAAAUUGUUUAACCGAAAAAAAUGAGUCUUAACUGCGUUUUCUUUCAAAUAUUAGUUUGACAGAAUGAGUGUGGUCAGCUACUACACUCAGUCAUACUAUAACUUUAUCGCCACAGCCUACAGGCCUGUUGUUCUGCUGUGAUUCUAGGUUCCAGUGCAGCUAAUUCAGGAAUGUCAGGAAUGGCUUCAUGUUUGCCCGCUGUGUACUUGUAUGUGUGUUAAAAGACUUGUUUCCAGGUCAUUUACAAUAAUUUAUGUUAGUUAAUAUUCUUAUAUCAUAUAAUGGUAAAAUAGAAGCAGUCUUCCUCGUAUGAGCAGGAAAUUUCUCUCUUUUUUCUUUUAAAGCAAUAAGCUUUACUGUCGGCCAUGGUUCACUUUCAUCUGUUCAGAAUGACUGUUCUCAUGAUUCUCCUAUGGUGGAUUACAACACAAAGCCAAUUAUUUGUUUGUGAAAUCAAUGAGAGCUUUCUCAGGAAUGAGUGCAGCAGGCACCGCCACUUUUUCCUCACUGUAACCGAAAAACACACCAAACUGUGACCUCAGCGCCGAGGCAUGUACUGAAGCGUGACUUUUGCGAAACGUUCCACCCCGAAUGCAGUUAGUGCCAUUAGCAACAAACGAAGAAGCGGCAGCGUCGCUGAGGGUUUAUUUUUUAUUUUAGGGCGACGCAAAUUCUGCCAGUACAUUCACUAAAGUCAACACGUGCAUACUAAUGAAGUGAUGUUAUUUUUAUGGAUCGUAGAAUACAUUUCAUGAGCUAAUACCUCCCAAAAUGACUUUGACGAAUGGAAGUUACUGUAACAUGUUUGUUGCCUCUGGUACUAAUUUGUCAAGUACUAGUUGUCAUGUCUGUUUCUGGGCCUUAGUUUCUUCAUGUUAUCACCUUAAGCCCUACAAACAUUCUGCCUUUAAUUUUGUUUAAUGGCCUUUUUUACUUGUUUUUUUCUACUCCUAUAGAUUCUGAGUGACAGGGCCAUCUAGUGGUCAAAUGUGGACUGUUUAUUCAUGAGAGCGUUAUUUAAUUGUUCAGUUUUAGUGUGUUGUGUCUGUGUGUGCAUAAAACAGAUCAGGAACAUUUUGAACAACUACACACUGAAGCACAAAUAUCCGCUGUAUUCACUUGUACUGAAAGGAGACAGGAGUCGAGUUUGUGCCACUUUAACAGGAGCAGGUAAUGUUGAAGCUCCCGGUCAUGUUAAGGUGUGACACUGCCCUCUGGCCCUUUCAGUACACCCGAAGCCUGUAAAGUGGACUAAUUUAAACAUCCAUUUCCAGAGGUUUCAAUAUAAAUAUAUAUGACUAUAUUUUUAUUACAGAAAUGAAAAGGUUGUGACUUAUUUGACUGAUUUUGACCACAUUAAGUUGACUGAUUUCAGAUUCUUAAAACAACACACGUUUCAGGUCUGACAGUCUGUAAACAUGUAAAAGCGUGUGGCUGAACUAUAAACACACCUUCACCUGUAGAGCUUUCUAUACGUGUUUUUCAGAUGAGGCCCAAAUCAUCAUCAUCAUCAUCAUCUCCAAUGAACUUAAUGUGACACAGGAAGUUGGAAGUCAGUGCAGGCAGGAAAUAAACAGUGUAGUUUAAACUCCAGCUCAUUAACAUAUGUCCACCUGUUUUUAAUGUUACCUUUCAUUAGACUUGCACAUACAGUAAGGCCUAGAUUUCCUGAAUAUGUCAAAGUUGAUCAACUCUCAUUACAGGUGUUUAAAAUACUGUAGCCUCCUUACCUCUGCUCGAAGCUUUGUUUUGUUUCUUCUUACUGACCGAUCAGCUCUUUUUGUCUGUUUUACAUGUAGGUUCUCAAUGAACUAUUGUUAUGUCUGGGUGUAUUUGGGUUAUUUAACAUUGAAGAUCAUUCACAUUUGCAUUCUGUUUUUAUAGAGUGUGGAGAGCCAGUGUAACCGAGGCACACCUGAUUGCAUUUGAACUCCUACAAUCAAUAUGUACACUGCUGUUUUCAAACUGAUUUAUGUCACAUUUAUAUUUUGGUAAAAAAAGAAAAUUGCUGUAAAUUAUAUUUAAAAUUUUAUUUUUAAGUAUCGAUCCACUGUUUUACCUCAAUAAGGUGUAAUUUAGUGAUUGAAAAUCAGUUAUUCAUGCCAAAUUUAUCUUUGGUUUAAGACCUGGUCAAAAUACUGUAUAUGGCUUUGUGAUUUUAGCAAGCAGUGACCCUGGGCUGAACUGAUGAAGGGAUUUUUAUUACAGUUUUUGAAUAAGUAUUUUAAAUACUGUAGGAUAUGCUCUGGGACAAAAUGCCAUUGUUGACCUAAUGAUGUCAACUUGAUUUUACCUAGAAAUAGCAUUGUUUUGGUUGAUUAAAUGAGAAUUAUAUCUACGAUAUGCAUGCUUUUAAUAAGAGUACUGAUAUAUAAAGUUAUAAGCCAGUGUUUCUCAUCAGAUGGAAGCAAAUUACCUUGGCUCUGACUCCACAGUCGUCAAGACGACACCAGAGCAACAGAUAUAUAUAUAUAUAUAUAUAUAUAUAUAUAUAUAUAUAUAUAUAUAUAUAUAUAUAUAUAUAUAUAUAUAUAUAUAUAUAUAUAUAUAUAUAUAUUUAUAUAUAUUAUAUAUGAAAAUGUAAACUUUCAAGGUGGGAGUAGUGAUGCUGAUAAUGGUUUGGUGUGUCUGGAUUGACAUCAUUCAUUUUCAGAGACUGUACUAUGUAAAUACAAGAUAACUGCUGUUUCUACGCCACAAGGGGGCGCCUUCAUUUCAGAGAUAAAGUAGGGAGCACCAAUAACAUUAUACCUCUUUUUUCUACAGUAGCAUUUCAAAAGGUUUUGAUAUACUAGACAACUCAACUUAGAUACUGUUAUUAGAAAUCUGAGAUCAGCUGUAAGUUUUAUUUUGUUUCAGGACUUUAACUUAUUCAGAUAAUAAAAGUACAAAUGUAACAUAUGGUAUAAGAAUGCAUACAUGGAGAUCUGUUCUGUUCCACUAUGGAUUAUAGUCUGUAUUAUCAAUUCAGGUUAAAAAAUUAGUGUUGCUUUCAUCCUAUUUUACAGAUAUUUCUUCCUUUUAUACUCUGCAAAUAAUGUGUUUGAUUCUAUUCAUUUUGCCUUUUUUUAUCGCACUUUGGCAGCAGAUUCCUGUGUAGAUUCAGAUCUGAGUUGUCUUAUUAGUAAGCCUAAUUUAUACUUUUGUAGCAACACUAUUUUUAUAUAAUGGCAAAGAAAGAGUUGGGUGUUUUUUUUUAAAUUUAGUUUAUUUCCUGUGUCAUAUAUGGCAGCGCUGUUUGAUGUUUCUUGAAUACAUUACCCACUGUAGUAUGUGAUGUGUGAAUAAACUCCAAUUCUGUGUCAAA